GUGGUCAAAGGAGAUUUGGGAAAGGGAGCCAGUGGCCUGCCAGGUCCUGGGAAGGGGCAGGCAAGGCAAGGCAGAGGGAGGGAGGGUGGAGGGGGCCAUCUGCCCACGUGCUGGGGGGGCACAGGCAAACAAUGAGGCCUUUGGUAAUUGUGCAGGAUCCACCCCUAGCUUCCCAGUGUGUCCCCUCUGCGGGCUGGAUCUGGGUAGCUGCUUGGGGGUGGGGCAGGGGGCCCUGAAUGGGCCCCUUGUCUCAGCCCUGGGUGUGGGCCAGGCUUCCCGGGCACACGGUGCCCUCGCCAGGCCUGGUUGGCCUGGCCCGCCUCCGUGGCUUCCACCCCCAGCUGGCUGAGGACAAGGCCCUGUGGGUGAGCAGGCCCCUCCCAGACAGCCUCAGCCGGGCUGCUGCCCCAGGCAAAAGAGGCAGGUAGGAAGAAGGACCCCAUCUAGUGGGGAAAGGGGAAACCAGCAGCCUGAGCCUCAGGAGGACCCUGUCCCCAGACUAGAAAGGACAGCUGUGGAGAGCUGAAUACUGGAGGCUGACCUGGGUUGGACCCCCUGCCCUAUAGCUCCCUAGAUUUAUGACCUUGGGCAGGUUCUUUGGUUUUUCUGAAUCCCAGCUUCCUUGUGGGUAAAAAUGGCACUGACGAUGAUACCUACGUGAGGGCUGCUGUGAAAAUUAUAGGACAUCAUAUAUAGGAAAUGCCCCGUGAGUAACAGGCGCUCCAUAAAUGUUAGUUUCCCUUGUCUCUGGGUGAGGGAGGGCUGAGGGCACAGGGAUUGGCUCAGGGGUUCUGGAAGGGCCUCGGGGGUUGGGGUCAGGGCCAGGUAGGCUCUCACAAUGGACUAGAACCUUCCCUUACUCUGUGUUCUCAUCCUCUUCAACUCCUCUCCCUGUCCCAGGGAGGGGAGGAAAGGCCUAGGAUGAGUCAUCAGGGGGAGUUUCCCCCCUAGAUUCUCUAUUUCUUUCUUUACUGCUGCACUUGAAGUUCCUGCGAGACCCCUGCGUGGCAGCCACUGGCCUGCAGCUUGUCCUCCCACACCACCCCCUCAAUGCUGGUUUUGCCUCCUACUUGGGACUCAUGUAUUAGGAGAAAUGGUUGUAGUCAAGAGGUUCUUCCGAUGGGUUUGGCAAAAGAUUACUUCCUGGGUUUUAUUUUGGAAACAGAAAACUAAGUCAACCAUGUUGGAACACCCUGACUCCAAGAAAAAUGUGUUGAAGUUGGAGAAGUUUCCCAGCGUGGAUGAGACCUUGAAGUUGGUGGAGUCCCUCAAAGAGGCUAAGGUUUCCAAGAUGGAAGUGCUCCCCAUGGUGGCUGAUCCCUGCACAUUGGCCAAGACAACAGAUGGGGCGAAGGUGGAGCUGGACCAUGGGGGCCAGGGCCGGUCCCGGUCCCUGCUACAGCUGCCCUUCGUGGCUGUCAAGUCUGUUUCCACGAUCGUGGUGUCAGCUCUCCAGUCCGGAUGGCAGAUGUGCAGCUGGAAGUCAUCUGUGAGUUCUACCUCAGUUCCUUCCCAAGUGAGGACUGGGUCCCCUCUGCAGUCACCAGAAGCUGAGAUGCUACGCGAAGUGUAUCUGGUGCUGUGGGCCAUCCGGAAACAACUGCGGCAGCUGGCCCGCAGGCAAGAGAAGUGCAGACGGCGCCACAUCUGUGCCCACACUUGCCCUCAGCCGGACCCAGUUCAGGCCAAACAAAAUGCCCAGAGUCCCCUCUAGGGGGGAACCCCACAUCUUCCAAAAGCCCUCACCUCACUCUUAGGUAAGGUUGAUAGGAGAGGUUAGGGCAGCAGGCCAGGAGUUUGUGGGUGAGGAGACAUUUGCAUACUGUCACCUCUCAUCAGGAGCCCAGGGGCCUGGGGUACCACUUCUCCCCUUCAUUCCUUUUAUUCGAUUUGUAAAAAAAAAAAAAAAAACCAACAAAAAACAGAAAACAAACACAACAUUCCCCCAAAAUGUUGGGAAAUAAAUCUCAGAUAUUUGUGA